UUAGUUGGUUGGCAUUUAGAAAAAAAAAAAAGACUGCGGUUCGGAGUUUAGCGAGUUGUGCUGGGGAAUUGGUGGGAGGGCAUAAUGCAAUCCAUCUCUCACAGAGUUAGGUAAUAGUACUGUCUGUAUUUCGCUGGUUUUGACUGCUGAAGACACAUCUAGUUUACCACAACCGCACCAUGCAUCGAGUAUAGUAGUAAUUGAUCACCAUAAUUUAUAAUAUAAUAAAUCACAAUUGCCGCUGAUAUACAAAGGGGUUGAACUAUAAUUUCAAGCGAUUUUGCACAUAAGCAAUUGGUGUACUUUGCUGAAAACACGAUUUCCACAAAUUUCUUUUUUUAAGUGGUCUCCUUUCUCAUAAACAUGAACGUUGGAAUUCGCUACGGUUGUUUAUUUAUACUGUGUUUAGCAACAGCCUUUCAUCCUUCCCAGGCAGCACAGAACUGUCUGGAUAGACAACAUAUUAUGACUGUGGUCCGCCAAAUGGAAAAGUUCUUGAAAGGGCAGGAAACCCGGUUUACAGAAGGGCUCCGCAUUAUGAAAAACAAACUGGCUGCUCUUCAGAAUUCUGUGUCCAAGUCACCAGCUGCAGAGCCAUACACAGUUACAUGCCCUUCACUUGAAGCUCCACAGCAUGGGCACAAGUUUGGUUCCAAGUACUUUGUCGACCACGAAGUCCAUUUCAUCUGCGAUCCUGGAUAUCAGCUGGUCGGCCCCGGCACCAGAGUGUGCCAGGAGAACGGCAUCUGGACUGGGGCUAACCCUGUGUGUAAAGGAAAAAAGAAAGAGAACGAGGCAGUUGGACAUUUGAAAAAAAUCAAAGACAUCAGUGAGUGCUCCAGUAACCCGUGCCAGAACGGAGGAACAUGUAUUGAAGGUAUGAACCACUACAGAUGUUCAUGCCAACAGAACUGGAGCGGCAGCCACUGCCAACAUCAGGUUUUGACAGCGCCCCCUGAAUGGAGUGUCAUGAACGACCCAGCCUUCAGCCGCAAGCCCCGUUGUGCCAAGAUCGACCGGACCCAGCACUGCAGCUGUGACGCCGGCUUCCACAUGAGCGGCACUUCGGACAACAGCAUCUGUCAAGACGUGAACGAAUGCGAGGUGUACAAGCUGGAAGGAGCUCCCAGACUCUGCAUGCAUGCCUGUGUCAACAUCCCUGGCUCCUAUCGCUGCUCCUGCCCGGCUGGAUACAAGCUUCUUGGCGAUGGAAGGAGCUGCGAGGAUAUAGACGAGUGCCUUGCCUUGCAGCACAACUGCACCAGGGGAACCACCUGCAUUAACACUGGGGAGGGCUUUCAGUGUGUCAACCCAGAGUGCCCAAAGGCUCAUGGGAACGUCAGCUACGUGAAGACAUCUCCAUUCCAAUGUGAACGCAACCCCUGCCCAAUGGACAGCCGAUCGUGUCACCUGGCUCCCAAGACGGUCUCGUUCCAUUACCUCUCCCUGCCCUCCAACCUGAAGACCCCGCUCACUCUGUUCCGCAUGGCGACCGCGGCGGCCCCGGGGAGGCCUGGCCCUGACAGCCUGCGUUUCGGGAUCGUGGGCGGAAACAGCAAGGGCCACUUUGUGAUGCAGCGCUCCGACCGGCAGACCGGAGAGCUCAUCCUGGUUCAGAGCCUCCGUGGGCCCCAGAGCAUAGAAGUGGACAUGGACAUGUCAGAAUACCUGGACCGCAUGUUCCAGGCCAAGCACGUGUCAAAGGUCACGGUCUUUGUGUCUCCCAAUGAAUUCUGAGAGACCUCAGUUCCUGACCUCAAACUUUUUUUUUCCUAAAGCCCAUUCCUCUUUCAGUAUCAUUUCAGUUGAUUGAUUGAGGGGUUCCCCGCUUCUUAAAAAAAAUGUGCGGUCAAAGUUUAGUUUAUAAGCAAGCAUUAUAAGAAAUGGCAAUGGAAACCAUCGCCAAGACUGACAACAGGGUUUAAAAGCGAGGUGCAGUAUUGAAUGUCCGUCUUUAUUUUCUGCCGUCAUUGAUGUUAUUGAGUCUACUGUAGAAAUACUAGAAGCUGAUUGGAGGGGGCCACACCUGGAGUUAGAUUCUUCAUAAUCUUCAAGACCAAGAAUGCCAUUUAAUGGACACUGAAUCGAUAAACCCUCCACUAACCCUAUGAAAACUGCACAUACACUCAUUGAAUGGUCCGAGGUGAUUCUUACUGACCUAACCUAUGUGUCAUGGUUCUGUUUUCUUGGACUGGUCAGCCACUGUCGGAGUACAGGAGAUUUCCUUUAAGGAAAUUUGUAAAAGUAAAAAACUCCAAGUUGUUGCUCUUUUAUAUGGACUUGGUGCCAAAGGAAUCUUUGAAAACAAUUUUCAUUAAAAUGAGGUCAUUGUUUAAUUUUAUUUACAUAUGUGCUUGGAUACCUUAUUAUUAACAUAUGUUAGAUUUUUGUCUCAAUGUAUUAACAGUAAUCUGAUCAUAAAAGCUAUUUGAAUUGGUAGUCAUAGGAAUGGUAAAGUAACAGCAUUAUACAUUGAAAUGAUGUUUCUAACUUUUUGGAGAAUGUUAUCUGUAAAUAUUAGACCAAUCAGAUGUUAUUUAUAGUGUUAUGUUAUGUUAUUACUCCAUAAGAACAGCCAUGAAUAGCACCUGCGGGUAAUUAAAAAUAUCCAACAUAAUCAUACCACUUAUAGUGUUCAUAACGUAUUGCCCAUAAAAUUGCUUUAGUGAAAUCACACCCA